AAGCAUUUUGAAGUGAUUAUGUGGAAGCGAAAAAAUUUGGAUGCAGGGAGGAGGAAAUAAGAAAAGUAGGUUUGUGCCAUCAAUAGACCAAAACCGCUGGAUAGACGUAAAUACACCGACAAAUGAACUUUUCAGUGUCAUUAUAAGAAGCCUAAUCUAAGCAAGUAUGCAUGAAUGAUGAUCUCUAGAACUGAACUCAUACGAGCUGUUUGAUCAACGUACUUGUGGCUCGAACCAUGCUUGCCGCUAGUACCAUUGCGGCCUCAUCAGCAUCCUCUCAUGCGAGUUGUCUAUUAUCGACAACAACAUUCUUGACAAAGAUUAGUGGAGGAUCGGACAAUGUGAUUUUCCUUGGCAUGAAACCGAAUACAAAACCGUGUUCUAGAGGGUUGAGGGUUAAAGUGAAGGUUCAAGCACCUGAAAAGAAUAUGAAUGGCUAUGUUUAUCGGCAAAACUUCACAGUUAAAUCGUAUGAGAUUGGCGCUAAUCGGAUGGCAACUAUGGGAGCAUUGUUAAAUCAUUUACAGGAUACAACUGUUGACCAUAUUAAGGAUGCUGGGCUGCUGGAUGAUGGAUUUGGUUCGACUCCAGAGAUGACCAGAAGAAAUCUAAUAUGGGUUGUUGCUAAAAUGCAUGUUCUCGUGGAUCGAUAUCCUUCUUGGGGUGAUGUAGUUCAAAUAGAAAGUUGGUUUGGUGGUGCAUCUGUAAAGAAUGGUAUCGCAAACCACUGGCUUCUUCGUGAUGCAAAUACUGGUGAAACUCUAGCUCAAGCUAACAGUGUGUGGAUUAUGAUGAAUAAAGAAACAAGAAAAGUGUCUAAAUUUCCAGAGGAAGUUAGAGGUGAAAUGGCGCCUAUUACUAUGGAUUAUUGCAUCUCCGAGGACAUUAAACUCUCAAAGCUUCGCGACAGCACAGCUGAUUUUGUCCAGACUGGAUUAACUGCACGGUGGAGUGACUUAGAUUUAAACAACCACGUCAAUUUCGCCAAAUACAUUGGAUGGAUUCUUGAGAAUGCUCCUAUGCUAAUCUUGAAAAAUCACGAGCUUUUCGAUCUCGCUAUGGAGUUUAGGAGGGAAUGUGGAGAAGGUGACGAGCUUAAGUCUUUGACAACAGUUAUUGUUGAAACUGAUGGUAACGCUGAAUGUCAACACAUGCUUCAACUUGAGAAUGGCAUUGAGGUUAUGAGGGGAAGAACCAAAUGGAGGCUGAAGUGAACAAUGUGGUCAACAUAUAAUAUAUUUGGUAUUACGUACUAUAUGUAGUCUAAUUCAAGAUAGGAUGUCUUUCAAUAAAAUUAAAUACGAAUCUUAACAGCAUAGGCACUAAAGAUUAGGCAAUCCUUUAGGUUUUUACAAUUUGGUAUCUUUGCUAUUUUUCUUUCCAAAUGGUACAUUUUGUGAGCAGUGUAAUGGAUCCUGAUACAUAAUACUUGUGCCUGAAACUUCAUCAUCCAA